AUUUUUUCCAUCUUGAUUCUACUGCUAGCUUUGCCCCUUUCUCUGAGUUCAUUGCUGGAGGGUUGGGUUAGGAGUCUUAGGAGAAAAGAUGGGGUUUUGUUGUUUUCUUCCAUUCCUUUCUUGAUUCCCUCUUUCUCUUCUCUUCUCUUCUCAUCCCCUACCUUCCUUCCAUCAUGGUUGAUUCUCUUUUGCCAGAUUCCCUUCCUCUGUGCGUCGUUCUGCUAUAAGUGCUUCCUUUUCCCCCCUUGUUUUUAUAAAAGAAUUUUCCUUUCCCCUCUCUCUCUUUUUCAAGUCAUAUAUUUUGUUUGGACACAGCACAGGCCCCUCACAUGCAUGCUCUUCGAUUUGUCUGAUCUGGAUUGGAUCAGAAGAAAGAGAGAGAGAAAGAGAAGUGUACGUGACAGAGAGCAGCAGAAAGAGGGAUUCUUCUUGGCUGACUCUUUCAUUUGGAGGAGCAUAUGUGUUGAAGAAGGAGAAGUAGAGGAGUAAGGAAGGAAGACACGUUGAACUGGGUAUGGGUCUUUGAUGGAGAUGAUUUGGAUUUCGGGGCAUUGAUUCAUAAUUCAGUUCAUUCUUUGAAUGGAGAUACAUAUUGUCAUAGCUUGAGGAAGCUGGAUUGGAGGCUUGUUGGGCUGUUUGAGGUUUUCUAAGAUUUGGGGCUCUGACUUGGCUUUGAAGCGAGGGAGGAAUUGGGUUUUGAUUGCUUGGAGUUCGCUUCUGAAAUAUGGCGGGUGUUGAUGUUUCAAAGUACGCACAUAGCCCUGUGCACAAGGCUGUUGCAACCAGGGAUUAUGUUGGUCUUAGAAAAAUUCUAGCUGGGCUGCCUAGGCUCUGCAACCCAGCUGAGAUUCAGACCGAGUCAGCUUCAGUGGCUGAAGAAGUGAAGGCUGAUGCCAUCUCUGCUGUUAUUGAUAGGCGUGAUGUCCCCAACCGUGAAACCCCUCUUCACUUGGCUGUCAAAUUGGGCGACGAGACUGCUGCCGAGAUGCUCAUGGUAGCUGGUGUUGAUUGGAGCUUGCAGAAUGAGCAGGGUUGGAGUGCUCUUCAAGAAGCAAUUUGUAACAGAGAAGAGGCAAUUGCAAUGACGAUUGUUAGGCAUUACCAGCCAUUGGCUUGGGCCAAAUGGUGCAGGAGGCUGCCUCGUUUGAUUGGGACGAUGCAUAGGAUGAGGGACUUCUAUAUGGAGAUCACAUUCCAUUUUGAGAGUUCUGUGAUUCCUUUUAUCUCAAGGAUUGCUCCUUCUGAUACUUACAAGAUUUGGAAGAGAGGUGCAAACUUGAGAGCGGAUAUGACCUUGGCCGGGUUCGACGGUUUUAGGAUUCAACGUUUGGAUCAGAGCAUCCUUUUCCUUGGUGAUGGAUCUGAAGAUGGGAAAGUGCCUCCUGGCUCACUUUGCAUGAUAACACACAAAGACAAAGAGGUGAUGAAUGCUCUUGAUGGUGCGGGUGCGCCUGCAACCGAUGACGAGGUUAAACAAGAAGUGAAUGCGAUGUCUCAGACAAACAUUUUCCGCCCUGGAAUUGAUGUAACUCAGGCAGUCCUUUUGCCACAAUUAACGUGGAGGAGGCAGGAGAAAUCAGAACUCGUUGGUCAAUGGAAGGCUAAGGUCUAUGACAUGCAUAAUGUGGUUGUUAGCAUAAAAUCCAGGAGGGUCCCAGGGGCAAUGUCAGAUGAUGAGUUCUUCGCAUCUUCCAAUGAGAAUGAAACAGAAAGUGAGGAGCUUAAUGACAUUUUGACAGAAGAAGAAAGAAGGCAACUUGAAUUGGCUCUAAAACUGGAUUCUUCAGAGUUAAGCAGUGAGAAUGGUGAUGGGAUGGUUGCACAUCGGCAUAGUUCUUAUGAUCAUAGGGAUAUUCCGAUUGAAGAUGGUAAUGACUUCAGGAAUGGGGAGACUAAGCAGGAGAAGAAAGGAUGGUUUGGGGGAUGGAGGAAACGCGACCAGAAAGUUGAAGGACAGAAGAAAAUUGUUCCACCUAGAAGUUCCCUAUGUGUGGAAGAGAAGGUGAGUGAUCUUCUUGGGGACUCCCCACCUGCUAGUCAAACAAGACCCGGAAGGCAUUCCGUGGAGGUGACUGUGAGGGACGAGCACAGGAGAGGAAGGGAAGCAAAGGCGUCUACUUCGGCAAGUUCUGAAGCUAGUAACCGCAGGAAGGAAGGAGGUCGAGACAAUGAGUAUAAGAAAGGGUUGAGGCCAACACUGUGGCUGUCUCCAAACUUCCCAUUGCAGACCGAAGAGCUUCUCCCUUUGCUUGACAUCCUCGCUAACAAAGUUAAAGCAAUUCGCCGAUUAAGAGAGCUGCUUACCACAAAACUCCCUCUGGGAACGUUUCCAGUCAAGGUAGCUAUCCCUGUUGUUCCCACCAUUAGAGUCCUCGUUACGUUUACCAAGUUUGAAGAGCUGCAGCCGUUGGAAGAAUUUGCUACUCCACCAUCAAGCCCGUGUCCGGCCCUGGGAGGCAGAGAGAGCCCUGGAAUGACACAAUCCGCAAGCUCAUCGUCCUGGUUUCAGUGGAUCAAGGCACCGUAUCAACGAGCUAACUCGUCAAAUGGAUGUCCGAGCAGCAGGAUCGAGACGACUCAGGACCCGUUUGUCAUUCCUCCAGAUUACACCUGGGUUACAGCCGAGGCGAAGAAAAAGAAGGCCCAGGAGAAGAACAAGUUGAAGAAAGCUAGAGGUGGUCAGAGUUGAGAUGAUAGAGAAGUUGUAAAAGAGAACUUUAGCUUGCCCAUUGCAAAUAAACCGCUCAGUGAUCAGGCAUCAAAGUAGGGAAGGGGAAGGAGUAGAGUUUGAUGUAAAAGACCAUUUACCAAGAUGUGAUUCUGUAUUGUAAGGUAAUAGAAACUUGGGUCCCUUUUCAGUCAAGGGAAGAUUUGGUAUACCAUUGUGGGGAAGGAAUGAAAAAGGUAAAAGGAUAUUUGUGAUUCUUGGCUACAAUGUGCUUAAGAAGAUGUUUUGGAUAUAUUUGAGAGGAUGUAAUUAAACAAUUGCAGAUUCUGUUGGUGCCAACUUCUAUGCACUAGAAUGUAAUUUCAAUUAUAUAUGCAAUGUGAAUAUCAUCAAAGUGAUGCAAUUCAAUUUACUUGAUGCAAUACAUCAC